GGUUGACCGGCUUUCUUUCUCCGAAGCUCAGAMACAAUGAACCGUCAGACUGGAAGGGGUACGCACGUUCAUCCCGUGGUGUCAGCAUUAUUCUAGCACGUUAUUCUUCUCAUCUUUUCUUUUUGUUUAAAAAAACUUAUUCUUCAACUCCUGACACGCUGUAUGGCGGCAGCGCGACUUGACUGGAAGCUGUUUGUUCGUCUGGUUUGAAGAAAACUAGGUCGGGAUCAGUCUAACGUCACCGUUAGCUCCACCUUUUAUGAUUUUUUUUUAUUAUUAUUGUUAUUGAAGACAACUUAAACUAGUAGAUAACAAUGUCGCUGUCUGCGUCGUCUGAUUAUUUUGCUGCCGAGUGCCUGGUGUCGAUAUCUACCGGUCCUGUCCUGCACAGACCCACCCCUGUCGCCGCCACCAGUCAGCCCUCCCCGGCGGGCCUUCACCCCGGGGAGCCCGACGGCUCGAGCGAGGACCGGGAAGUUCGCGAGACGCUGAGGCUGGAAGGGACGAACAUGAUGACGGUGGCCGGCAUCCUCACCGACCUGCACAGCAAGUUCCGGCCCAUGUCGGCCUACUCGGAGAGCAGCAACUCCUCGUGCGGCGGGGAGAGCGGGUACACCACGUUGUCCGACCCCACCACCCCGACCAUGACCCCCUCCGCUACGCCMGUGCCCGGACAGCAGCAGUACCAGCUCCGGGGGUCAGUCGGGUCCCCGGUGAAGCGACACCAGUGCACCUUCGACGGAUGCGACAGAGUUUACGGGAAAUCGUCGCACCUCAAGGCGCACAUCCGGACACACACAGGUGAGAGGCCUUUCCCGUGCACCUGGCCCGACUGUGAGAAGAAGUUCGCCCGCUCCGAUGAGCUCGCCCGCCACACCCGCACCCACACGGGGGAGAAGCGCUUCCAGUGCCCGCUGUGCGACAAGCGCUUCAUGCGCAGCGACCACCUGAUCAAGCAYGCUCGCCGUCACCCCGACUUCCAGCCCUCCAUGUUGGGGCGCAGCAAAAGCACCACCCUGGCUUCUAACCAGGUCGUGGGUAACUAGGAGGCGGUGUCRACGUGACAUUCGUCUCACGUUAACCAGCUACAAUCAGAUCCACCGCGUUCUUCUCAAAGCACAUGCACAUACACACGCCGACAUGCAGAGUCGGCUGUCUGCACCACUUCUGUCCACCUGUACCAGGUAAACUGUGGUUGGAUUCUGAACACAUUCCCGGCAAACAAAUAAGUUUAUUUUUCUCGUUUUCAUUUCCUGAGAGCAGCUCUUCCUUCUGUCAAAGUGUGUGUGAAGUGUUUACAGAGCAGACUGGACCAAACCGGACUUCACUUCAGGCAGACGGUGAUGAUGCAGACAGAUAAUCGCUGCAUUUAUGCAAGGACCGACAGAAAAGAUGUCUAAAUUUACCACAGAAUGGUUGAUAAAUGGCUCGAUGUGCACAUUUAUCAGGAAAUAUUUUUUCAAAGACAACAUUUUUUUAGUAAAUUAGCUAAAUUAAAGAUGCACCCCUGAUCAAAUAUGGUGCUUUAAGUCAUUACAGAACAUCCUUAAAAACAGAAUCAGUUCUGAAACAUCAGAACCAAAACCUAAACCACUCAGCUACAGAUAACAUCUGCAAUUCUUUUUUUUUUUUUCUAACCAAAAGUAAAUCACAGAAUACCUCAGUGUCUUACAGACUCAUGGCAGCACAGGUUUGAUUUGAUUUGUUGCGACACUUCAGGAUUUGAUAAGAAUCAGAACCACAGCAGGUCCUGGUUCUUAUCACCCAGCCCCAAUAUUACCUUGUGGUCUCAAACACUUUCACUAACUGCAGGGAUUCAUCAUGCUUUUUUCCCCUUGUUUUAAUGUGUGUGUGUGUGUAAAAACACACCUUUUCACCAUCAGCCAAAGCUCAAUUCAUUUAUUCACUCACUCUGAUUAAACAGAAGCUUUUAAAAAAAUUUUUAUAUUAUUAUGUUAGCUUUGCUUAUGCUAAAGUGUAGAGGUGAAACAUUCCUGCAUUCUUCUAUUCCAUUCAUAUUAUUAAGUUUAUUUUGACAACAUUGUUUCUAUUAUUUAGCUAUCAAUUCAUUUUAAUAGUGAGUGAAACAAACUAGUAAGUGUAGAAGAGCAGUUUGCACACCAUGCUUCCUUGUCUGGAAAAGCCUCUCACAUAAUACGCAGCAGUGUUAUGUCUAAUAUUGAUGCAAAUGUAAAUAUGCUUUAAGAUUUCAUGUAGAGGAAAAGGUAAUGCUACUAGCAGCAGAAGUAAUAAUCAUGAAUUGUAGUCCUUAUAUUAGGGGUGACAUAUGCUUAGUAGGAGAGCCUGUGAGUUGAUGUGUGUGUGUGUGUGGGGGGGGGGGGKCCUUUUUUGAAGGAUGGUGAAAGAAGUGGUCAAAGUGUGUGUGGAGUUGUUUAUAAAUCGCUUUUAUUUUUCCUAGAGAUGAGUUUGAUGUGAGGUUUUUAUUAUUAUGAUUAUUCUGUCGCCUUUAAAGUCCAAUCAUCCUUGUGAUGCUUCUGGGACUGGGGGGAACAUGUGGAACUUCUCUGGUCAGGUUGAUGUUUGUUUCACCAAAUACAAAAAAAAUAAGUUUUAAAAGUUGCACUGGAAAAAUCCUAACCAGGCUACAUGAAACGCAGCCAUUUUUUGUGUUUUUGACUCCAUCUGUGUUGGACAAGAAACAUGUCGUAAACAAAGAAUCAGUUCAGUUCGAAGKGAUAUUUCAGCCAUUUGGGAAUAGAGUUUUGUGUAAAAUUGUAUAUAAAAUUCUUAUCUUAUUGUUGUAGAUAACUCUUUGAAUGACCUCAGUUUGGAGAAAUAGUUGAGUGAUGAGCUAACGGCUAGUCCAAAGUGGGUUGCAAAUAUAAUUACAGYGCUGUCAGAUCUACAUGACCCAACUUUAUUGGCCUUAAGUUCAGUCUAAAAUGUUUAAGAUUAGACUUUUAAAACAACAGCAACUCUCUUCAGUCCAUGGCUGUGUCUCAAUUCAUGGGUUAUGCUUAUGGCAGUUCUCUGUGCCGUAGGCUGUCCCAAUUUGUGGGCGCCUACGCAUGGGACUGACAAAACCUGGAAUGUCAGCUGCACCUGAGUAUCCUAUGCAGCCAGUGGUAUCCCAGAAUUCAUUGCACAGUCAGCAAAUUAAACUCAAAGACGGUGGAGUUUGUUUGUUUUUGUUUUUUUCUUUUUUAAUUUAAUGGCGAAGUUUGGAAAUUGAUCGUGGUAAGUUAAACAUCUUAGUUGAAGAAGGUUUUGUUACCAUGAGAUGUUAAAUAAAAUGCAGCUAGAAGUAAUGAUACCAAACCCAUAUUAUUAAUGCUUUUUCAUUUAUUUUUUAACGUUUUUCUGUUAAAACUGAACUUUAUGAAAUAAAGUGUAUGUAGACUGCAACCCAUGAAUUGAGAUGGCCCAAGGACAAUAAAUAAAUUUUGCAACUGAGGCCRUUCAGAAACGUUAUCUACAGCAGGUAAGAUAUUCAUUGUUCAUGACACAAACCUCACUAUCUCUUUAAGCUCUGUUUCCAAGCUUGUUAGUGAGAGUUCAGACUUGAUUUCAUGUUAUUUUUCCCUCUCAAAUAUCUCGUUGAACCUUCAGGAGAGCUCUGAAAGCCUUAAACCUUUUUGUACCCACUUGCUGACCUUGUUUCCUGUUGGAUCGUUGUAUGGGUGGAGUCUCCGUCUUUGGGUACAUCACAGAAACUCUUGCAAUAUGGCACUUUUGUUUAUCCUCCCUGAAAGGUGGCUGACAAGUGUAAUGGCUUGGCACUGUUACUGUGUUUCUACGAGCAAGCGCAGCAGAACUUUGUAAUGUUUAUAACCAAUGGUUUGUAAAAAAACAAACAAAACAAAAAGACUUGCCUUCUGUUUGCUUUAAAAAGCAGGAUAAAUUAACCAGGUAGUUGUUGCUUUCACUUAUUUUGUGUGUGCGUGUGUUUUUAGAGAUCCAGACAGACUCUUAGUGUGGAUUUGUAUUUUUUUUUUCUUUUUAGCUGGAACAUGUUUCGUUGUUCUCAGACCUGUUGACUUGUUUGGGAGGCGAUGGUAGAAGUCUUCCUCUCUCACCUCAGACCGUUUCCACAGAUGACAGCGCUUCACUGUCGCCUUUCAUUUCAACUUUGAAACUUUCUUCUCACCGUCAGGAUUUUGGUUGCUGCUGGCAGUAACCUGAAAGGAACAAACUCAUUCCAUUCUUGUUUUUUCUCAGAUUCAUAGCUAUAAUAUCACAAAAACAACAUACCUCACAACUCUUUUUUUCUUUUCUUCUGCAGUGUCUGUACAAUCCAUCCACAGUUUCUUUCCUUUAAAGCCAUUGAGCAUUUGGAUUUCAGCAGUCUGUUAUUAUGGGCUAAACACUGGCUUGUGUUGUUAUCCUCACUGACUAUGCAACACCUUUACAAUGUGUAGCAGCUUUUACUUUUCUUAUUAAGCAAACAGUUCCUUUGAUUUCUUUUUGCUUUUUCUAUAGAGUUAUUCCAACUUAAAGGGGCAUUAAAACAGAAAGUUUAAAAAUCUGUGGAUUGUUGCUUUAUUGAAAAGUUCAGUUGAGAAUGACAGCAGAGCAUUAGCUACUUUUUUUAAUGCCUCCAAUAAUAAUUUGUGCUAACUCAGAUAUGCACAUUGUACAGGAGUGGACUUAUUUUCAACUGAUGGCUGAUUUUUAUAUGGUGUAAUUUUUUAAAGGUUUGCUUUAAAUCUUCAGUUAGUUGAUCAGGAGGAACCUGCUGCACCGACCUGUUUUCAUAUUUAUAUUCUCAGGUGUCUGAAAUUUUGAAACAUUUUGGAGUUUCGAUGUUUGUUGUGCAACACUUUUUUUUUCGCUUUGCUGAAUAAUUUAUUACAUAUCAACAAUGCAUCAUUUGUGUGGUUUUAAUCGUUCUCUUCAUAUCUCAAUUCUGUCAUUUGGAACAGAGCUGAUACUAAAUGGUUUCAGUGUUUGCUUUACCUUUUGCUUCUUUUUUAAUAAAAUAUUUUUGAUUUUAUUGCUAA